AUGGAGCCUCCAGUAACCUCUGCGGAGGCUCUGGCUACUGCCUUGGAUGGUGUGCUGAAUCCGGGAGGGAUGAGCCCUGCUAAUAUCCAUUCACUUUAUGUCGCCUCUCGAUCAGUGAUUUCCAGCGGUUUUGAGUCUUGGUCUGAGCCCUUUGCUCCUAAAUUCUAUAGGUUUUUGACUCUGGCGUAUGCCCUUUCGGACUAUGAAAUGCUGAUUCAAGCGCUCAGGAUAGUCGCCACUUUGUGUCACUGCGAGCGUUUUGCCAUGGAAAUGCUUUUAUUUGAGUCUACAAUCGAGGAUGGAAGCUCUGCCGAUGACAACUUCUUUCCGUCGUUUGGCUUUUUGGCAAAGCAUUCUCCGUCUGACAGACUCGUUAUACUUAUACAGGGCCUAAUCAGCCAUGAAGUUUAUGAUGCAAACCAAUCCCUUUUUCAUGCGGCUGUAUUGGCUUUAGAGGGUCUCACAUUUUAUUCUCAAGGAAAGAAAAAGGUUUUGCUCAGUGGUGGGCUCCAAACUGUAUCGUCCGUCGUCAAGGAUCUGCACACAGGAGCUGAUUUCUUCGAUAUGAAGGGAGGCACUAGUGAUUUGGCUCUCUCGCUUUGGGAGACGCUUAGCAACAUUAUUACAUACAGGUUUGCUCGUGCGUUGGCCUUGGACAGCGGAGAGAAGGUCCUUGAACAGUGCGCAGCAAUGCUCUCUGAACCUCUGCGCCGCAGUCUUGUGACGAGCCUCAGAUCAUCGCAUACUUACGUGAUCACCUCCUGCAUCCUCCCCUGCCUCUUAGAGUCAGAGCUAUUUUAUAAGCAUUUUGCAGAAGACGAGCAAGCCAUAUCAUCUCUUCUAAACGUUGCUAUCAGUGGUAGGGACGCUGGAAGCAGAGCCGCAUUGCUGUCACUUCUCGUGCUGAGCAUUGACACAGCAGACCCAGGCAUCGUUACAAAAUUGGCAUUGCACGGAGAAGUCGGAGAAGAGGCAGAGCGGGCACAGGCCGCUGCAGAGGCAGCCUUUGACGAGUUCCGGAGUAGAAGCCCCAGCCCGAUGCGGAGACUCUACAGCACUAAGGCUCUUCUUAGCACUGCUGCAGAGGAGCGCUGUGAGACCGUGCUUUCUGUCUUACAAUCUCUCCUUGACCACGAAGUUUAUGUAGAUAUAUCUUACUCACUGGGGGAUCUCCUUACAACCAGGAACCGGUUUAUUGACGUCUUCUACAGUCAGAAGGGUUUAUUGAGCACAGAGAUUGAUAACAUGCGUGAAACGAUUAAGGAUCUUCUCUUUUCGUUAUGCAUCGAUGAGGCAGGGAACUCCUUAAAGGAUCAGUACGGGAGUGCUACCCAAGCAAAGACUGCUCCUCGGCCAGGCGGCCCGACCGCGAUUCGGAGUGUUCCGCGGCCGGGCGCGCAGAGUCGUCUGGAGGCACGCAGCACUGGCAAAAAGCCAAGCGCAUUCCGUAAAGUAGCAGAGCACAUGUCUAUCGAUCUCUCUAAGACCUUGUUUUAA